GAAAAUCAGUAAAGCAAGUGGUAAGGCGCUGGGUGUCAUAAGCGGAGCUGUCCUCACAUAUCACGCACAACGUUAGGAGUUCCCUCGCUUACGGUGAAAACGCCCCUCUACUCUCUUCCUAGCGGUUCCCGUCCGUAAGCAUCUCUGCCGGCUUGUGCCUGUCUGCUGUCCCAGCCUGCAGGGCUACACCUCCCGUGGCAGAGGAAAGGCGCUCCGGGGCGGUGGCGUCCGUCUUCCAGUUUUCUGCGAUCUCAAUGAUCACAAUCUGGACUGAAGCUUGACACCCGGACCUGACAGGACAGGACUGCAAUCCAUUUCUAUGACAACAGAAACGGCUUUGGCUGGGGAAUUGAAGAGUGCAAUGGAGGGUGACGCCAUGAGAACCAAUCAGGUUCCUGAGGACCAGGGGGAUAUGGAUGAUAGCUCAGAGAAGACCCCCAGCAAAGCCUCCAAAUCCCCCCAGAAAAGCAGCAAGCGGCCCAAGACCGUCCCUGUCAAAAUCACUCUACUUGACGGCUCGGACUAUGAGGCUGGAGUCGAGAAAUUUGCCAGGGGCCAGACCCUGCUGGACAUGGUGUGUGGCCAUCUGAACCUGCUGGAGAGGGACUACUUUGGCUUGACUUUCCAGGACACAGACAACUCCAAGCAUUGGUUGGAUCCUUCCAAAGAGAUUAAGAAGCAAAUUCGGGUUGGUUCCUGGAUAUUUGGAUUUUCUGUCAAGUUCUACCCUCCAGACCCAUCUGUGCUCAUUGAAGACAUCACCAGGUACUACCUAUGCCUGCAGCUGAGGGACGACAUCCUGUCUGGUCGUCUGCCCUGCUCGUUUGUCACCCACGCCCUUCUGGGCUCCUACACUGUUCAGGCCGAACUGGGAGACUACGAGCCAGACGAACACGGCCCAGACUAUGUCAACGACUUCCGCUUUGCACCCAACCAGACACGUGAGCUGGAGGAGAGAGUGAUGGAGCUGCAUCGUAACUACAGGGGAAUGAGUCCAGCAGAUGCAGAGGUGAACUUUCUAGAAAAUGCCAAGAAGCUUUCAAUGUAUGGAGUGGACCUGCAUCAUGCAAAGGAUUCAGAAGGAAUUGACAUAAUGCUUGGUGUGAGCGCCAAUGGUCUGCUAAUCUACAGAGACCGUCUAAGGAUUAACCGAUUCGCCUGGCCAAAAAUCCUCAAGAUCUCCUAUAAGAGAAGUAACUUCUACAUCAAGAUCCGUCCCGGAGAGUAUGAACAGUUUGAGAGCACCAUAGGCUUCAAGCUGCCCAACCAUCGGGCCUCGAAGCGAUUGUGGAAGGUCUGCAUUGAGCACCACACCUUCUUCAGGUUGGUUUCACCAGAGCCGCCUCCCAAGGGCUUCCUGGUGAUUGGCUCCAAGUUCCGCUACAGCGGGCGGACCCAAGCCCAGACCAGACAGGCCAGUGCUUUGAUUGACAGGCCUGCUCCACAGUUUGAGCGGUCCGUUAGCAAGAGGCACAUGCUGCCCCGAAGCACCGAUGGAGCCUCAGCUCUAGGCUACAGUAUGGACCAGCUGUCCCAGCGAAGCUCCAGUGAACGCACACAGUUCAUGUCCAGAGAAGACCUGGACCAGGAGGGCAGCCUGGACCUGGACCACAAUCAAUACCACAUUCAGGACCAAGACCAGGACCAGUACACAGAUCAGGAGCUUGAUGGUCAGGAUCAAGAUCAAGUUCAGAAGCAUACUUGGGGUGCCCACAUAUCAACACCCACUAGGACUUUGGAGCUCAAGGGUGAGGAGGAAGGCUCCCCUGUAGACUCAAAACCAGAGGAUCUGGCCACCCCUCGGCCCAAACAGGAGCAGCAGUUUUUGGAUAAGCCAGAAGAUGUUCUACAAAAGCACCAGGCCAGCAUCAAUGAGCUGAAGAGGGCUUUGAGGCAGCCUAACAGCAAGAUGGCCCAGAGGGAGAAACGCCUCUCCUCAGCUACUCCUCCUGGAGGAACCCCCGAGCGGAAAGCAGCGACUGCUGAUGCCAAAUUGAUUGACAAGCAGGAUGCUUAUGAGGAAGAGCUUGAUACUUGCUCUAAAGUGGAAAUGAGUAAGACCUCUUUUAUGGGUAGAGAUGCGUUCUUUGUGCCACCUUGGACUGAAGCAAAGAUGAACAAUUGUCAAACAGUCAGGGAUUCUUUAAAAACUCGACGUGGAACAGCUCUGAAACAGGAAACAGACUUUACAGCAACAGGACUAAUGGAUAUGAACCAGGUGGAUGAUACAGUAGCAACUAAUGGGCAUCACGAUUCUGUAUUAGCGAGGAAUGCCAUUCAUGAAAAUGGAUACGGAUCUCCACAUGACAAACAGGGGAGUGGAAUCGACAGAGACAUGAGGCAUUGUCAGUAUGAGCACAACAUUCAUCGAGAGAGACCAAAGAAUUUUGAAAGUCCAGUGGCUUUGGAUUCUCUCCCAAAAGGCAAAGGAGGCAGGAUUGAGAGUGACACGAGUCAUUGUGAUACUUGGAGAACAAAAGACCCGAGCCCCGUGGGAGAUUGCAACAUAACAGGGAACUCACACUCCGAAGUCCCCAAAAUAGUUCCUCUCAAGCCACAGAGAUCAAAGAAGUCUUUGAAUAAGGAGAACACAGGUGAUGAAAACCCUCAAAGUGGGUCUGAUAGAGGCAUUUGUGGUGUGACUGGGGAUGUACAGAUCACAAAAUCAAAAGACGGAUCCUUUGAGGAAGGGAGGAGAGUGGAUGACAAUGCUGUACUGCAGUCUGCCACAGAUGUUGUCAAGGAAAACUCAUGGGCCACCAAGUACCACAGUGGGGCUGCAAUGUCAUAUCAACAGCAAAGUUUACUACAUCAACAGAUUAAGAAUGAGCUGUUUGGACAACAGGAGCUCAGAGACUGCAGAGGCACAACUGGACAAAGUCUGUGGACAAGAGGAGGACAUGAAGAUCCUUUUCAGAUCAACUCCGAGAUUAAAGAGAAUCUCUUCCCUAGUUCCAAAUUUCCAACAGCUCCCCCUCGAACUCUCCCGCUGAAAACACAGUGGUCCCGAGAUAGACAGAGCAACGUGGACAGCAGCCACAUCCACCACAGGACGCCCAGCCAAGAAACAGCCAAGCGGAAGCAAGCGGACACACCUCCCACACCUGCUAUUCAUGAGGAACCUUUCAACGAAGCUUCAAGGGAACCGUGGGAGAGACGUCUAGGCUCCGUCUCCGAGGACGACCAGGACCACGAGAUCCUGUACCUGAAGGAGACCCACCUGGGCAUCGAGCGCAAAUGUUCCAGCAUCACGGUCAGCUCUACGUCUAGCUUGGAGGCAGAAGUAGAUUUCACCGUCCUCACGGACCUGCAUACGGGCAUGGAGGAGUUCUCCAGGGGCAUGACAGAGCUUGGGGAGAGGGGUGUGUCACCUGAUGUGGGUCUGUGCUUUGGCAUGGACUUCCUCCAGCAGCAGGGUCCCUCUGAACCCCCUCCUCCACUGGUGUCAGCCCCUCUGUCCAGAGGAGCCAGCAGCAGCCCUCCUGCCAAACAUAUUCAGGCUGAAGAAGUCCGACCAGAGGUCAAACGGUCAGAUGUGCAGCCUGUAGUGCCCAAAAAACCAAAGAGGUCAGUGCCGGUGUUGUCGUCAGUGGACAGAGAGCAGUCGCACAGAGAAGCCAGUCGCGUCUCCGCCAUCACACCGCUGAGCAGGGAGGCCAGUGAUGUCAUGCCCACACCGACGGUGAGGAAGACGGACGUCAGGACUGAGACUCAGCCCAACGGGUCAGAGGUUACCACCACCAUCGUGGAGUUCACAGAUCAGGAUCACGGUAUCACUGGCCUGAGUGAAGUUUCUUACUCUACAAGGCAGAGUGUUUCCCCUGUGCAUGUGAGCAGUCUUGCAAGAGAGGCAUCAGGGUCGCCCAUCCUCGUUACUGAGAAUGUUACCUCGGCAACCACUCACGUCACCAAGACGGUGAAAGGAGGAUAUUCAGAGACCAGGAUCGAGAAGAGGAUCAUAAUCACAGGAGACGAUGAUGUCGAUCAGGAACAGGCUCUGGCUAUUGCAAUACAGGAAGCCAAGCAGCAGCAUCCAGACAUGCAGGUGACCAAGGCAGUUGUUGUCAGGGAAACAGAAUCAUCCACUGAGGAUCGACACGGCGCAUCAGAGUCCUGAUUUCCUGAGACAAGAUCGCCCCCCUUUGGACCGAAAGUGUCAGUGCCCGACCUGAAAUUGCCAUCCACCAUCCCUACUGAUAGACUACUGCCAGUGGUGCUCAAAUGGAGUCUCUUGUACACAUUCACACACACACACACACACACACACACGCACGCACGCACGCACACACACACACACACACACACACACACACACACACACACACACACACACAUGUACACAAAGCUGAAACAAGACUCCUUUGAAAUCCUUUUAUUUCAUUUUUAUUCAAACAUUUCACUCUUCAAAUCAUUCAUGUUCAGCAGAGUGAUUUGGCAGGCUUAAAAAAAAAAAAGUUAACACUCAUGGUCCUUGAUUGGUCGACAAUAUGCCACCAGAAUUCCAAACAUCUGGAACAACUAAAGAGAAACGAUCUGAAUCCAACUAAAUUCCCUGCAAACCUCUCAAGCCUCUAUAUUCAAUCCACUUGCUUAAGUAUUCUUCAAAGGACAAAGGGAAUCUGUGCACUCAUUCACACUGUGGAAUAACCCAAGGCCAUAUGCCAUGUUGGUACCCAUCUCAUGCAGAAAGUAUCAUUUGUAAAAUAGAAAAAAAAAGGUCAUGCACCUAGGAGUGUCUUUUACAUGUCUGUGCUGCUGUACUGAAAAACAAGAAAUCAUUAGAUCCCUGCUGUGUGUGUUGAAAAAAAAAACUGCUGUAAAAACCUACUGUGUGUGUGCUUCCAUCCACAUCUAGCUCCAGUACUGUUAGAGGAUCCAGUGAAGCAGGGUUUAGUGAGAGCAGAAAUCCUACUUUUAGUUUUCACUCUUGCAUAGCCUGUCUAAAGAACAAAUGAGCUUUGUCCCACCCCCGUCACACUGACUGAUGAGGAUGCUCUGAGCAGAACGGCUCAUGUAGCGCCAACAAGGUCCUCUGGUGGUGUUCAUUCAAGUGUUCGGACCUCGUCUGAUCAAUAUACUUCCCUCUAUCUGUCUCACCUGAAAGAUUUGACUUCUGUAAAAUGUAUUUGACCAUGAUGUGUCAGUUGCUGCAUCAUGAUGGACUUUGAUUGGACUGUUAGAGAAUGGACUUUUAGAGAAUGUCUGUGUAUGUGUCUGGACAUUAGGAGCUGUUACACACAGUGUACCUGUCGUAUUUAUUCAAAUGGUGGCGAUGUAGUUUCUGAGCAUGCUGGUGUUUCAGAAUGAGCCCAGUUUCUCUCCUUUCCGAGCCUUUAGAUAUGCUUUCCGAAUUCAGCUGCAUAUAAUACCACUUCUGUAGUCAGUACAUAGAGUAGACUCACACCCUUGUUCAAGUCACAGAAUGGGCUGCUGCAUCAGUAAAACUAGUAUUUGAGAUAAUGUUUGCAUGAUAAUUUCUUGCAUUAUUAGAUUGUAAUUAAAUAAUAUGAAUAUUAACUCAUAGGAAGGAUGGAUCGUAAUGAUCAAGAUAUAAAGGCUGUAUUCAAUUUUGUAAGUAUUCACAAUUUGAAGUCAAAUCUGAGCUCUGACAAGUAAAAAAAAAAAAAAGGAAAUUAAGCUUCCUUACAGGAAAUGAACAGUAUUUAUCAGAAAUAGUGGGAAAUAUCAAGCACACAUACAUUCCUUUUGUUAAUCCCAAGAUCCAAUGACAGCACAGUGGCUACAGUGUCAUUUCAUUCAAGCCACUGGUGCUGUUACAUAUCUUUGUUUUACAUAUCGCUUUGCUUUUAAUUGAAUCCUCCCUUAAAGAAAGAAGUAGGCCUGUCAUGCCUACAUUCAGUUGUGGUAACUGAUAUUUUCUCACGGCUUUCUCACAUUCUCUUUAUCUUUUAACACACUCUGCAGAAAUGGUAUUAUGCAUCACAGCCCUUCCAAUACUCUUUCAAGCAAAGUACAAUGUUAUAAAUAAAAUAUACAGUAGGAGCAGAAUCUUUGGAAUUUUAGUUUUGUGUGAUUUGGUACAUGAAUGUUAGAGGGAUGCCAAAGGCAUGUACUGUAGUGUGCUCACUAAGGUAGCAGUCAAAUUGUACAAACUCUGAUUUUAUAUGAAAAUAUUUGUAUGAACAAGCUACUUUUAAUUACAGAGGUGCCAGAAAGUCAAAUGCAUAAACUUGACACGGCAAGGUUUCCCUUUAAUUAUGGUGUCUUUAACUUUACCUGCAAAAUACCUGUCCUCCUUGCAAAAGUCACAUUUUAUAUAUUAACCAAUACAUACAGAAGCAAAUUCAUUCAAUUGAGAAAAAAAAAUAUUAAAACUGUCAUGUCAGGUUUAUGAGGGUUUUACUGAGGUAUAACUUUGGCUUUCAGACACUAAACUUUUACUGUCAACGUUCACAUGUGUAGUGUUAUUCCCGUUGUAUUUCAUAUUUUGGUUCCAAAUCCUUUAAAGUGAUGAUCAAUCAUGGAUCUGGGUAUCAAAUUGGAAGGUGAA